AAAAAAAGAGAUAAGGUUAAAGGCCAACCCCCCACUCCCCAAACAAAACACACAAAGGUAGGUGUUGUUGGAAAUCAUGUCCAUGCUUCCUUAAAUACAGUUUCCUUCUUUUCCAUAGCUUUUCCCUUUCAUUGCUUCAACUCCCCAAAAAGACUCUUCACUUUCUGCUGUUCAAAACACACUUCUUUGUUUCUUCUAUAGUUCUAUAGCCCCCCAAAAAAGCCUAUACUCUUCAAAUUCCUCCAUGGCCCAACAUGCAGCUUUCAUGAUCGCCGCCGUUUAAUUAUCAUCUCUAAGCUCCCGACGAUUUUCUUUGCUCCAAUCUCAACCAGGCCUUUGCCCCGGCCCUAUAAAAUGUUUUUGGGUUCAAACGCGGCAAUGAGCGGUAGGGGGUCGACUCUGCCGGAUCUUUCUUUACAGAUCAGCCCGCCGUCGAUUUCCAGCUUUGACCGGAGCUGUAAUAAUAUUGACCGGAGCUCCAGCAUGGAUUCCGGCAGUAGCGGCAGCGAUUUGAGCCACGAGCAUAACGGCGGCGUUAGUUUCUUCCCGCCUGGGUACCAACGGUCUGUUGAGCUGAGCUUGAGUCGAGGGUUUGAGCUGGCGGCGGCGGCGGCGGGGCUGAGCGGCCCGCUAUCCGUACCGGUUCAGAGAAAUAGCCGCCUUGAGGUGCUGCCGCAGCACCGCCACAAUUUCCAGCCGCAGAUAUUCGGCGGCGGCCGGGAUUUUAAACGGAGCGCGAGGAUGAUCGGAGGAGUGAAACGCAGCGUUAGAGCUCCGAGAAUGAGAUGGACUUCCACUCUCCACGCCCAUUUCGUUCACGCCGUUCAACUCCUCGGUGGCCAUGAACGAGCAACGCCGAAAUCCGUGCUGGAGUUGAUGAAUGUCAAAGAUCUUACCCUAGCUCAUGUGAAAAGUCACUUACAGAUGUACAGAACAGUGAAGAGCACUGACAAAGCACCAGGCGCACGGCAGUCUUGUGAGAAGGCAGAAGACAUGAUAUCAACGCCACCAUCAUCACUACAAACCACCACACCAAGAAAUGCUCAGAGAGCUUCUUGGCCGCCAUCAUUGCCGGAACCAAACCCCCUUUACCAUCCUCAUCUCCGACAGAAUGAUGCCGCCGAGACGGACGGACGCGAUGAUGGCACGGGUCGUGAGUUGUGUGAGAUGAAGGGGAAGUUCGAUAGGCUUAGCAGCUCAUCAUUGUCAUCUUCUUCAGACACUUUUGUUAAUCUUGAGUUUACACUAUGAAAGCCGCCAUGGAAGAUCUGAAAUGGAGCAUAUAUGAAUAGAUGGAUAUAUAUAUAUGCAGGAUCCUGGACUGAUCUGAUCUUCGCGGCCUAACCCUAGCUAGCUAGCUCUUCAAGUGUUAGAGAGGCUACAUAAUUAAUUACUUUGACCCAGUUUUUCUUCUGUAACUGCAUGCAUGGAAGGAAUCUUCAGGACUGGAUUCUUAAA